AUGUAUGAGACAAGAGCUUCUUGGGCAAGCACCUUCAUGCAAGACAAAUUUUUUGCCGGUAUUUGGACGACAUCCUUAUGUGAAGGUAUUAACUCAUUCAUAAAGAAUUAUCUGCAUUGUAAGUGUUCUUUGUUGGAUUUUCUUUUCAAUUUUGAGCGGGCUAUGAAGAAAUACAGGCACAAUGAGUUGGAAUCUGAUUUUAAGUCUUCUUAUGGUGAGCCUGUUAUGACAACUGCACUUAGUGGCAUUGAGUAUAGAGCUGCCAAAAUAUUAACAAGGAGCAUGUUUUGGGAAGUCAAGGGUCAAAUAGAAGAUGCCCUGGGGCUAAAUGUGGAGCGUUCUGAGGUGGCCAAUAUUGUGAUGAUGAAAAUGAGAAAAAUUAGCAAUCGCAGAAAAGAAUAUAUUGUUGUUUAUGAUAAGAACCAGAAAAAGUUUGUAUGUGAAUGUGGUUAUUUUGAGUUUUAUGGCAUCCCUUGUUCUCAUAUAAUAGUUGGGAUAAGAAGUGAGUAUAUUGAUGAAUUUCCAAGCAAUCUAGUUUCUAAGAGGUGGUUGAAAACAGCCAAGUCUGCUCAUGUGUAUUGA